GAAAGCAAGUUUUGGCUCGAAUGGCACGCGCGAUGCCGUGCUUGCAAUCACGGAUCAUCCAUUCAGCGCUCUGCUGAUUGCCCUCGUGACGCUUGCAUGGACUCAUGACUCACCCGUCGUCUCACUCACCGCGGUGCCUUCGCUGACCGAGCUCCGUCCUUUCGGCUCUCUCCUUGGUGACCCGCCGCCUGCUUCGCUCCUUCGACACGGUCAUUACACACACGGAAACGCCGCUCUUCCUCGCGAUACUUCCACCACCUCUUCCACUCGCUCGCCUUCCGCUCCUCCCGUCCUCCCUGUCCCGCCAACGUGAGGCCGGAUUCGAUCAAAAGAGAAGCCAACCUACGGCCUGAGCUCGAAUCGACCCACACGCCACAGCUCCGAGCACGCUCAAAAGAUUCGGCGACGAUGCGAGGGGCAUCGUUGCAGUACGCCUUCACUUUGUUGUCUGUGGUGGUGCUGGUGAUCGCCACGAUAGGGGCCGCUGCUCAAGGCACAAGCUCACAAGGUCGACGACGAGACGUAGCGCGUAUCGAAAAGUCGAAGCGCAAGUCACAUGUCUCGCGGGAUGUCCCAUUGACCGACGCGACGCUCCGAGUGUUGUAUCAAAACGAUUUGGAUUGGCAAAGAGCAGCGAGCGGCAAUCGUCAAGCGGCAUACAUCUCGCUGACGAGCAGCAAAUUUUCUUUGGCGGAUGCGACAACUGCGUGUGCCGCCUUGUCCGAACAGCUUGCUACCGUCACGACUACGGCGUCCAAGGGAGGCAAACUCAAAGUAUCCGAUGCGGGUCUGCAAUCGCAGUUGAACUAUCUGUUGUACACCAAACAAGCAGCAUCUGGAGAUGCGUGGUGGACCGCCAAUGGCAAUCGGCUGCGCAUCAACGCAGCGGACGAUGUGACGCUCGUCGCAAAUAUCACGCGAACCAACAGGUACUUUUCUCUCUGCACGCAACGAGCACCGUGGAAUUUUGCCAAUGGAACGGAUACGAGCGUGCAGUGGCAAGUGACGGCCAACGGUGAUGCAGCGAGCUGGACCGGCUAUCGCGAUGCCAAGUCGUUUCGCUUCCAGGCGCUUCCCUUCGCUAGUGCUCAGCGCUUUUCCAGCUCUACUCCCCUGAUCCCUAGCGGUGCAUAUCGAGCACUCGAUCCGAGCAGGGACAAACAAUGUCCCCAGACCAGCGGCACAGACAAAACUUGGACAGAGGAUUGUCUCUUCACUAGCAUCUACACACCCGUCAUUCCCAGCCUCUCGCAACGUCGAUCCAAGACGGGCCUCAGACCCAUCAUGGUGUGGAUAUACGGCGGUGGCUUCUCGUCCGGAAGCGGUCAAGACUUCACCUUUGACGCGGGCGACUUCGCCAGCAGGAAUGACGUCGUCGUCGUCACGCCUAACUAUCGUCUCGGAUCGUUAGGUUGGCUCUCCAUCGAUGACAGAGCCAAGGGCAACUACGGCAUUUCCGACAUUAUCUCCGUCUUGCAGUGGAUCCAACGCAACAUCGCAGUCUUUGGAGGAGACGCCUCGCGAGUGACGAUCGCAGGACAAAGUGCAGGCGCUCAAAUUGUCAACCUGCUCUUGUCUUCUCCCGCUGCAAAGGGUCUCUUCAGAGGCGCCAUUGUGCAAUCUUCGAGACCUUCAGAUGCGUCCAACACUCUUCAAGCGGCCAGUACCUCCAGCUCAUCCAAUGCGCUCGCUGCCAGCGUCAUUGCCAAGCUGGGAUGUGGAGAUGCCCCGGACAAGCUCGUGUGCCUGAGAGGCUUGUCGCCAGAUCGCUUCCUACAGACGUCUCAAUUCAGUCGCCCCGUCGUGGACGGUGCGCUGGUGCGCACAAAUCGGUUGGACGUGACGGGCAAGAAUGGUGGUAUCACGAAUGCCGUGCCGACCAUCAUCGGAUUCAUGCGGGACGAGAUGGCUGCGCUCGGAUAUUACCCGCCAGCCUCUCAGACGAACCUUUCGGAGGCGCUCAAGAGCGCAGGUAUUGCCCAAGCGGACAUUUCCACCGUCGUUGCCAAUCCCGAAAACGCCUUCCCGGACACGGGUGUGCGGGACACGACUGUGCGCGUGCAGAGCUUGAUCAGCGGAAUCGCUCGAUGCGGUCAGGAAUCCACCAUUGCUGCUGCUGCGCGCAACAACGCGCUCCCGGCCAUCUACGCCUACGUGCAAGAUCAGCGAAGUCUUCAAAUUCCAAAUUACGAUCCGAAUGCCAUUUGUCAAGCCAAGGGAGGCAGUGCCAAUUCUGGCUACUACUAUUGUCACAGUGGAGACCUGCUCACAGUGUUCGGCACGUACGGUUCGGCCUUUGGAAUCUCACCGCGGGACAAUUUGGACAUUACCUACGUCAAUCUUCAGAUGGACAUGUGGGGCGCAUUCGUCAGGAAUGCGGAUCCCAACCUCAAAGCUGGAUACUUGAGCGCCAGAGGAGCAGCCUACGCCACUUCUCUAUCCGCCAUUGCCUCCUUGCCUUCAGGCUGGCAAGCCACUACCGCGUCAAAUUUGGGUCUGCUCAGCUUCGGGCCGCGUCCAGUCAUGACCAAGCUUGGAAGCGGCCAAGUAGGCAAACAGUGCCGCGUGCUGGGCAGAUCGCUCGAUUAUGUCCAGAACGGCGGAAAUCCUAGCAAUGCGGGAAGCAGUGGCAGUGCACGGACCGCCGGCAGCCCCGACACAAAUUCCAAUGCUGCAGCUGCCGGCACUUCCUCCUCCGAAACGCCCAACCCCUCAAGCUCGACCUGCAUUGGAGCUUUCUGCUUCGACCUAUUCUGAGUAUCUUUUGCUGCAACUUCGUUUGAAAUUUCCCGGCCGCAGACAAACUUUUGUCAAUGCGCGCAU